ACGGCCAUCCUAAAAAAAUAAGCCCAACUAUGCAGUUCUACAUUGUGUGUGCCGCCGCAAUCUUCGCGGCAGUUAACGCUCGACCAGGCGGCGGUUAUGAACAUUACGAUGUAGCAGGCUAUGGCGACGCCGGCGUCGAAGGACAUGCUGGGUUCUCGCUCUAUGAUGGAGGGUACGCCCAGGCUGCCGAGCUAGAUGGGUACGGAGGAAACGAAAUUGGACACGGGGACGGGGGUCACCACGAGGAAUAUGUCGAUUACCAUGCACCAGCCAAGUACCACUACGAUUAUGCUGUCCACGAUCUUCACACUCACGAUAUAAAGUCCCAGUGGGAAACUAGAAAUGGAGAUAAAGUUAAGGGAGAAUAUACUCUUGUUGAACCAGACGGCAACAAAAGGAUUGUCUCCUACACAGCUGACAAACAUAGCGGCUUCAACGCUGUGGUGAAGAACGUGAAAGAUUACUAGCGAAAAUGGUGUAACACUUUUAUUUAUUUAUAGCGUAUUAAAAAUCAGUAUUUUGUUAUUGUUUGUUUAGAAAUGUAGAAAUCGUUUGUUUCACAUUAUCAUCCAUAUCCUUUAGUCUAUGCCAAUUGCCAUACAACAGUAAUCUAUGCGCACAAGUUACAGAUACUCCAACUGUGUUCAUGGUAAUCGUUUUACUUUCUAUGUAUUCUAUUUUUAUUUAUCUCCAUGUAAGCUGUGAGACGAUAUGUAACAGUAUUCUUGUAAAUAAGCUAUACUUUGUAU